AUGUCUCAAGCAAGAUCCGGUCUUGCGGGUCUCCCUCUCCCUGCCGCUACUGCAGGACUCGACAACCCCUCCAGUAACCAGCAGCAGAGCCAGCCCAUGUGCAGACAGGACAGAGAUUCCUGGUCUUGCGGGUGUUCCACGCGCUGGACUCUCGAGCCAUGUCCCGACUACUACACGCGAUGGGGCUGCCAGCGCGUCAUCGUUAAAGACCACAAGAGCCGUUGCUACUGCAAGCGCUGCAGCGCCGACCUCAAGUACCAGCGGAGCAAGGAGCGGCACUGGCACUCGGGCCAGUACAAAUACUGGAAGUACGACUCGUGA